AUGGCGGCUCCCUUGUCCGAGCGGCUCUUCUCGCUGGAGCUGCUUGUAGACUGGGUGCGUCUUGAAGCCGGGCUGCUGCCGCCGCCGCCGCCCGUGGCCGAGGUGGAGGAGGACGACGAGGAGGAGGCAUCGCCACCACGGCUGUCGCGCGACCUGUGCCCCGCAGUGGCCUUCCGCCUGCUGGACUUCCCAACGCUGCUGGUUUACCCUCCCAACGGCCCCGGCGCCCCAGCUCCGGAACCCCGGCCCGGCCUGGUCAGCUUCGGUCGCGGCAAGUCCUGUCUCUUCCGCCUGUACCCCGCCACCCUGCACCGCCUGCUCCUUCGGACGCCGCUUUACACUUUGCUGCUGCAGCUGCCCCCCGGGCGCCCAACUCCUGCCCCGCAGCUCCUGGGUGCCUGUAGCAUCUCUCUGGCUGCCGCCGCCCACAAGGUCCUGGGACAGGCCGCCGCCUCCGGCCGCUCCCACGCUCAUCGAGGAAGUUUCCCUCUGCAUAACCAAGUCGGGGAGGGGAUUGGGGACAUUGCCCUGGGCUACCGCUUGACUGAUUUGGGAAGCAGCUUGUUGGGCCAUCUCGAGCGGCCAGUGGCUACCGCGGGAGGUGGGGUGGAGCGUGUAGAGGUCAGUUCCCAAACCCCACGGGAGAAACAGCAGCCAAACUCGGGGCCAAGACCCAGGGAUGCUGCUAAGUCUCUUGUGAGUUUAAAAAUCCCAAAGGCACAGAAGGAUUUGAAGGAAGUAGCUUUCGGUGAUAAGACCAACUCUCUUAACACAGUUUCUGUGGAGCACAGCAAAACCAGCUCUAUUUGUUCAGAUUCUAGUGGUGGGAGGAGCGUUAGCCCCCCAAAUGAGGAAGUCACAGAGUUGGACAUCGAAGCCAACAUAUUUUGCCCUCCUCCUCUGUAUUACACUCAUUUGACCCAAGGAACGAUGCCCCCUGUACAGGGUACAAUCACCAUUAAGCCUCAAAUAAAUGCACCUGAGGAAUCGGACGGUGUUUCCCUGGAGGGAAAUCAUGUAGCUGUCCCAACACAUACUGAUUCUCUGAAACAUACUAAUUGUGGGAUACGUGGGGGUCCUCCAAAGCUCAUAAAUUCUCCGCAUGUUCAGGAUGUAGAAGCAAGCGAUCAAACUGCAUGUCCCCCGCAAACUGGACAAAGUAGAAUCGAUACAAUAAGGCAACUGCCUUUGUUAAACGCUUUGUUGGUUGAGUUGUCUUUGUUAUAUAACCAACCUAUGGCAAGCCCCGCUCAAAUACAUCCUCACUUAGCCUGGUUAUAUAGAACUGAGGAAAAGAAGUCCCCAGAAUCUUCUGCCAAAUGCACCUGUAAAUCUGAAUCUAAGAAGGGUAAGCUUUCUAUGGUGGAAAAUGACAAGUCAGCGAAUCUCCAGUGUAAAAAGAACCAAGUUGAAACCCUCAAAAAAGGUAAAUAUUUCAAAAAGAACAGUGGUAGCUCCCCCAAAAGGGUUCCAAGGGGGAAGCUGCUUUAUGGUUUAACAAAUACACUGAAACUACGUUUAAAGCAAACAAAUCCUGGCAUGUUGGUAGUACAUGAAAGAAGAGAACAGUAUAGAAAAACGCAAGCACAAAUGUUGGGUGCAAAACUCAGAAUUCCAUCAUCCAAAUUUAAAGUAUUAAGCUUUGCCGAGCCACCUCAGAAGCCAGGUCAACUGCCUAAAGAGAAGUGUUCGGAAUCAAAUGCAUCUUUUGCUGAAAACAGUGAUACCUCAAAGCAAAUCAGUGGUAGUUUUGAUGACCCCAGCACAGCUAAAGAAACUAAGCUGAAAUGUGCAACUGAAAGAACAGUAGAGUGUGGUGCACACAGAACAAAUAAUGGUUUGUUGGAAGAAAUCAUGAGUCCUCCGAACUCCAUCGUCCCAGAAAGGUUUACUCAUGCAAGUAUUUUGGAAGGAGAAAUGGGAAGGAAAACCCAAAGUCCGUGUGUUUUCCAGCAGGCUGCAGUUGACAAAAUUGUAGUAGAUAAAGAAAUAGAGGAUAAACGCGUCAAAGGCACUGAUGAGGACAUUCUCACUGAUGAUAUGAGUGAAAAUAAACCAAGUAGAAAUAGUUAUUCUGAAAGCAUCUCAGAACUAAAAUAUUCAGAUGACUUCACCAGCCCUUGUUUUUCUGAAGAGAUCUCUACCAGUGAGGACACUAGCAGAGUUUUACAAGCUCAUGACAGCAGUCUAGCAGCAGAAAAUCCAAAGCAUAGUCAAGACACAGGUAAGUCCAGUGAAGCAAGACUGUCCAUAAGAAAAAACAGCAGCGAAAAGAGUUCUAUUCUUAGCCCACCUUUUUCAGCCGGAUCACCAAUACACUCACAUAAAAGAUCUCACAUUUCAAGGAUUCCAGCUAAACGCUUGGAGGAAGAUUCUAGUAUCUCUGCCAGUGAUUUAUCUGUAUCACAGUGGACUGAGGAAACAGAAAACCCAAUAGAUCGAAACAGUGUGCAGAGUUCUAAAGUUAUUAAAACAAAAAUUGGUUGCAAGUCUUCAGAAAAAAGCCAGUCACCUCGGACAUCUCAAGUGAGUUCUUAUCUGCCAUCUAAUUUAUCAGAACUAGAACUUAAUGUCCUGGAUAGCAGCACACCAGAUCACUUUGAGGAAGAUGAUGAAGUUGGUUCACUAAAUAUUUCCAAGCAAUGCAAAGAUAUUUGCGAAUUAGUGAUAAAUAAACUUCCAGGAUAUACAAUGUGAAAAUAUGUGCUUUUAAAAAAUAUUUCAUUUUUUUAAGAACCUA